AUGAGUCAAGUCGCCAAAGAUCAAAAGGAACAACAGCUCACCUCUGCCGUUCACCGCAUUCGCAUUACCCUUACUUCUCGUCACGUCCGUAACUUGGAGAAGGUUUGCUCUGACUUGGUCAACCGUGCCAAGGACAAGCAAUUGCGUGUUAAGGGUCCCGUUCGUCUUCCCACCAAGAUCUUGAAGAUCACCACCCGUAAGACCCCUAACGGUGAGGGUUCCAAGACCUGGGAAACCUAUGAGAUGCGUAUCCACAAGCGUCUCAUCGACCUUCACUCUCCUUCUGAGAUUGUUAAGCAAAUUACCUCCAUCCACAUCGAGCCCGGUGUUGAGGUUGAGGUUACCAUUGCCCAGUAA